AUGGAGUAUUACUCUAUAAAGGAUGCGAUUACCGAGGGGGUGCUGAUAAAAGUAAAGCUGAAAUGCGAGCUAAACAGCCCGUACAUCCAAGAGCUGCUCAGAGACAGAAGGGUGGAAAAUAACUGCGUGUAUCUCCCAUACUACAUGGUAGAGUGUGUAAUAAACACGGACUACUUGGAGAUAGUAGAGCUCAUAGAGAAGGAUAAACAGGAGGAAAUGGAAGGCGCACCAGAGCACGUAAACAUGCAGGGAAGAAUGCUGUACAGAGCCCUUGAGAAGAUAGAGAAGAUACACCCGCUUUCGAAAGAAGACAAAGAAGUAGUAAAGAACAUGCACAUGGCAAGAGCCAUCAAAGGCUCAAGAGAGCUGGCAGAGCCGGCAGCACAGCAGGGAUACGAGAAAGAGGAAGAGCGCAUUCUGCGAAAGGGGAAGACGGGAUGGAAGUGCGAGUGGCAAAAAUGA